UCCUGGAUGCCCCUAGCUUCCCCUAGCUUCCGGUCCUGAAGUCAUUCGGUGGCAGCUAAAACCAUUUUAUCAGUUGCACUGUACCUGGAGUUUGGGUCAGAAGCAGCUUUUCAAGUUUUUCGAGACCAAGCAGAGAAGGACAGUGAGGACAGCAAGACUCACUUGAACCUAUGGUGUGAACCGUGACUCCCUCUUGCACAUCCCCCAUACAGAGUCGUCCGCUGAGCGUUUUGGGGGGCUCGGUAUCAACCCUUUGUCCCCCACAACAUCUGGAGGCGGCGCCUUGAGCCUUGUGCGCGUUUUAUGCAACUGAAACUUUGAGGGUCUGCGCUGCCCAAGACUGGAGUUAGGGGUUCGCUGAGGCCGCCCUAUUGGCUCUGGUCGCCCCGCUCAGCCUCGCUCCGUCCGCCCACUGUAUCCCAUGGCGGCGCCUGCGCUGGUGUGGGUGUCAUUUGAAGAUGUGGCUAUGACAUUCACUGGGGAGGAAUGGUGGCAUCUGGACCUGUUCCUGAGGACUCUGUACCAGGAAGUGAUGCUGGAGACCUGUAAGCUCCUGGUCUCACUGGGUUGUCCUGUUCCCAAAGCUGAGCUGAUGUGUCCUCUGGAGUAUGGACAGGGACUAUGGAUGGUGAAGAGAGGCCUCUUACAACACACCUGUACAGGUGAGAAAGCAAAACUUGACACAACACAGCCUACUGAUUCUCAGCUAGUCUUUUUGAAGAAAUCCUUUUACCAAGAACAACUGCUACAGAGAUCCUCAAGGAAUUCCAGGUUGGGGCAAGCCACACAUGAGGAAUGGCUACUAGAAAUGCAGGAAGGGAACUUGAAGCCAGGAACAGACCUCUCCAAGGAGACAUGUUCUGGAAAACUGAGCCAUAAACAUGAUCUGGAGACAGGUGAUAAUCUGUGUUCAGGAGUUUUACCGGAGCAAAUCAUUGCACAAGAUGCUAUUCAGGAACAUGACUCUGAAAAGCCAGGAAAAGGCUAUGUAAUUGAUGCAAUGAACAAACCCUAUAAAUGUAAAGAAUGUGGAAAAGGCUUUAGUAAGAAUCAGGCUCUUACUCAGCAUCAACACAUUCAUACUGGCAUGAAGCCCUAUGAAUGUAAUGAGUGUGGGAAGGCCUUCAGACGCAGGUGUCAGCUCACAGAGCACCAGCAUAUACAUACACAGUAGAGAAAAGUCAUUUUUGUGUAAAGAAUGUGGGAAAGCUUUGUGCUACAGCUCUUCAGUUUCUCCACACAUGAGAAUUCACACUG